GCCUUUCGAUCUUUAAAAGCAACAAGGCAAAACAAAAGAAGGAGCGAGCUCCUCACAGAACACACGCGUAACGACCCAAUGACUGCUUCGGGCCAACUUAGAGUCAUCAGAGAGAUUACGGUCUGGGGCAGGGAGUAAGACAGCGUCCUCUCGGCGAUAGGACUCGCCACGCGUGGCAGCUGCAGUGCCUCCAGUCAUUUAGGCAACCUCAACAGUCGUUCCGAGGUUUCACAUCACAACCACCAAAAUGGCGGACCAUCAUCGAGAUGUCUCCCAGUACAAGUACUCGGCCAUGUCCAACCUGGUUCUCCAGGCGGAUCGUCGGUUUGUCUCAAGACGAACUGAUGAGGCGACUGGAGACCCGGAGUCACUGGCAGGCCGCCUGUCUAUCAGGGACAUGGGAGCGCGAGUUGCGCGGGAUGCUGCGCCGAAGCAGAAGAAGGCCGGUGCCAUGCCGGACGUCGAGCGAGGUAGCCUCGGGGAGGGCGAAGACGUUCUGCAGCGAGAGCGGCGGAAGGGGAAACCCGAUGCGAGCAUGUCGAGGGCCGGUGGCAUUCUGUCUGGCGCCGAAGCGCUGAUCGAGGGUCUUCGAUAUCGACCACGCACACAACCAACACGAGACUCGUUCAACCUUAUCCUCACCAUUGUCGCAGAGAACCUGGGCGACGUUCCGCAUGAGGUUGUCCGCAGUGCUGCCGACGCUACCCUCGAGUACCUCAAGGAUGAUGACCUGAAGGAUUUCGACAAGAAGAAGGAGAUUGAUGACAUACUAGGCGCUACGAUGAGUUCGAAGCAGUUCAACGAGCUCGUAAACUUGGGCAAGAAAAUCACGGAUUACGAUGCGCAAGAUGAAGAUGAAGGCAUGCAGGAUGUCAACCAGGCCGGGGACGAAGAAAUCGACGAACGCCAAGGUGUAGCCGUCGACUUUGACAACGAGGAGGAUGACGAUGGCAUGGUCGACGAGGUCCGAGAAGAAUCUUCGGAAGACGAGGACGAGGAAGGGGACGAGGAAGAUCAGCCCGACCUCGACGAGCGUGCGGCGGGCGGCGACGCAGACAUGGAUCGCGUCGAGGAAGAAGUCGGCCUCGCAGAUGGCGAAGAAAUGGUCAUAGACUCUGGCCCGUCGGACAAAGGUCGGCAAGGCGAACACAAGGGGAAGAAUUAUAUUCCCGCCAGAGAUAUCGACGCCUACUGGCUCCAGCGCCAGAUCGGCAAACUCUACCCCGACGCCCAUACGCAGCACGACAAGACCUUGGCGGCAUUGCGUAUCCUCUCAGGGGAGCCCGAUGAGUCUGGUGGCGAAGCAAAGCAGCUCCGAGAGAUUGAGAACGACCUCAUGGAGCUGUUUGACUACGAUCACCAUGAAGUUGUGCAGAAACUCAUCGAGAACCGGGAGAAGGUCGUGUGGCUUACACGGUUGGCUCGCGCCGAGGGCGACUCGGAGCGGGAGUCUGUCGAAAAAGAAAUGGUGUCGGGUGGUCUGCGCUGGAUUCUGAACGAGUUGCACGGCAAGACCGCGGAUGACCAGAGGAAGUCCAAGAUGGAAAUCAAGAUGGACAUCGAUUCGGCGCCCUUCGCCGACGGAACCGCUCCAAAGGAGGAGCGUGCAGAAGGGCAACUCGUGGGUGGACUUGCGCCGCGCAAGUUGAUCAACCUGGAGAACCUAGUCUUCGACCAGGGCAAUCAUCUUAUGACCAACCCCAAGGUCAGAUUGCCAGAGGGCACCACUAAGCGGACAUUCAAGGGCUAUGAGGAGAUCCAUGUGCCACCCCCGAAGAAGCGUAAUGAUCCCAGCGAUUUGAACGUUCCUGUCACCGACAUGCCUGAGUGGUCCCGAGUGCCGUUCAGUACUGUCAAGACUCUCAACAAGAUCCAGUCUAAAUGCUAUCCCGCAGCAUUCCAGGACGACGGAAACCUGCUCAUCUGCGCUCCUACCGGUAGUGGUAAGACAAACGUGGCCAUGCUUUCCAUUCUACGGGAAAUAGGGAAGAACCGCGACCCUCAGACUGGCGAAAUCGAUCUGGACGCGUUCAAGAUCGUCUACAUCGCGCCUCUGAAGGCCCUUGUCCAGGAGCAGGUCGGAAACUUCGGAAAGAGACUGGAGUCUUACGGCGUGAAAGUCUCCGAGUUGACUGGCGACAGGCAACUCACAAAACAACAGAUCGCAGAAACACAGGUUAUCGUGACCACGCCAGAGAAAUGGGAUGUCAUUACCAGAAAAGCGACGGACAUGUCCUAUACCAACCUUGUCCGGCUUAUCAUCAUCGACGAGAUCCACCUUCUGCACGAUGAGCGUGGCCCCGUCCUCGAGAGUGUCGUUAGCAGGACUAUCCGGAAAACUGAGCAGACCGGAGAGCCGGUGCGGAUUGUCGGCCUGUCUGCGACCCUGCCCAACUAUCGGGAUGUCGCAAGUUUCCUUCGGGUCGACCCAAAGACGGGCAUGUUCCAUUUCGACGGCUCGUUUCGUCCCUGUCCGUUGCGCCAAGAGUUUAUCGGCGUGACGGAGAGGAAGGCCAUCAAGCAGCUCAAGACUAUGAACGACAUUACCUACAGCAAGGUCAUUGAGCAUGUUGGGACCCACCGAAAUCAGAUGCUGAUCUUCGUCCACUCUCGGAAAGAGACGGCGAAGACGGCAAAGUACAUCCGAGACAAGGCUCUGGAGCUGGACACUAUCAAUCAGAUCCUGAAGCACGAUGCCGGCACCCGCGAGGUCUUGAGCGAGGCUGCGAAUCAGGCCACGGAUCGCGACCUGAAGGAUAUCUUGCCGUAUGGAUUUGGUAUCCACCACGCUGGCAUGAGCCGCGCCGAUCGAACCGAUGUCGAGGAUCUGUUUGCCAACGGCCACAUCCAAGUUCUUGUCUGCACGGCUACGCUAGCUUGGGGUGUCAACCUUCCAGCUCACACUGUCAUCAUCAAGGGCACCCAAGUAUACUCUCCAGAGAAGGGAAGCUGGGUCGAACUCAGCCCACAAGAUGUCCUGCAGAUGCUGGGGCGUGCCGGCCGGCCUCAGUUCGACGUGUACGGCGAAGGUAUCAUAAUCACUAGUCAGGGAGAGAUGCAGUACUACCUUUCUCUGCUCAACCAGCAAUUGCCAAUCGAGAGUCAGCUGGUCAGCAAACUCGUCGACAACCUCAACGCCGAAAUCGUUCUAGGCAACGUCAGGAACCGAGACGAGGGUGUCGAGUGGUUGGGCUAUACCUAUCUCUUUGUGCGGAUGCUUCGUUCACCUGGGCUCUACAGCGUCGGCGCGGAAUAUGAGGAGGACGGCGCGCUCGAGCAGAAGCGUGUCGACCUGAUACAUUCGGCGGCCACUGUCCUCAGGAAGUCCAACCUUGUCAAGUACGAUGAGAAGACUGGCAAGCUCCAGUCCACGGAACUCGGCCGCAUCGCCUCGCAUUAUUACAUCACGUACGGGUCCAUGGAUACCUACAACACGCUCAUCCAGCCAUCCAUCACUACCAUCGAGCUGUUCCGAGUCUUCGCUCAGAGCGGCGAGUUCAAGUACAUCCCCGUCCGUCAGGAGGAGAAGCUGGAACUUGCCAAGUUGCUGGGCAGAGUCCCCAUCCCAGUCAAGGAGAGCCUUGACGAGCCUCAUGCCAAGAUCAACGUGCUUCUUCAAGCCUACAUUUCACGCCUCAAGCUUGACGGACUGGCCCUCAUGGCUGACAUGGUCUAUGUCACCCAAUCGGCGGGCCGCAUCUUACGAGCAAUCUUUGAGAUCACUCUCAAGAAGGGCUGGGCGUCGGUGGCCAAGACGGCACUGGAUCUCUGUAAGAUGGCAGAGAAGCGAAUGUGGCCGACCAUGUCGCCCCUGCGGCAGUUCCAGGCCUGUCCUCGCGAAAUCAUCCAAAAGGCAGAGCGGAUCGACGUCCCCUUCAGCAGCUACUUCGACCUGGACCCUCCCCGCAUGGGAGAACUGCUGGGCAUGCCGAGAGCCGGCAAGACUGUUUGUGGGCUUGUGGCCAAGUUCCCCAGAGUCGAGAUCAAUGCCCAGGUCCAGCCAAUGACGAGAUCGAUGCUCCGCGUUGAGCUUACGAUUGCGCCAAACUUCGAGUGGGAUGACGACGUCCAUGGCCUUGCCGAGAGCUUCUGGAUCAUCGUCGAGGACUGUGACGGGGAGGACAUCCUGUUCCAUGACCAGUUCCUCCUCCGCAAGGACUACGCCGAGUCCGAGUCAAACGAGCACGUCGUCGAGUUCACCGUCCCCAUCACGGAGCCGAUGCCGCCUAAUUAUUUCAUCUCGGUUGUUUCCGACAGGUGGAUGCACUCGGAGACCCGGCUCGCUGUGUCGUUCCAGAAGCUCAUUCUUCCCGAGAAAUUCCCUCCUCACACCGAGCUCCUCAAUCUCCAGCCCCUGCCGGUUUCCGCCCUCAAGGCCAAGGACUACGCGGCCCUCUAUCCUGACUGGGAGCACUUCAACAAGGUGCAGACACAGACGUUCAACUCGCUGUAUACCACGGACAACAACGUCCUCAUCGGGGCGGCGACCGGGAGUGGCAAGACGAUUUGCGCCGAAUUUGCCUUGUUGCGCCAUUGGGCGAAGCAAGAUUCCGGACGCGCCGUUUACGUUGCGCCCUUCCAAGAGCUCGUGGAUCUGCGUUUCCAGGAUUGGCAAAAGCGGCUUUCGGGCCUCAGAGGCGGGAAGGAUAUUGUGAAGCUGACGGGGGAGACGGCAACGGACCUGAAGCUCCUCGAACAGGGCGAUCUUAUUCUCGCCACACCCGUACAGUGGGACGUGCUUUCCCGGCAGUGGAAGAGGCGGAAGAACGUCCAGACGAUCGAGCUCUUCAUCGCCGAUGAGCUCCACAUGCUGGGUGGCCAGAUGGGCUAUGUCUAUGAGAUCAUCGUGUCGCGCAUGCACUACAUCCGGACACAGACGGAGCUGCCGAUGAGAAUCCUCGGCCUGUCCGUCUCUCUGGCCAAUGCUCGAGAUGUUGGGGAGUGGAUCGAUGCCCGGAAGCAUGACAUCUAUAACUUCAGCCCGCAUGUCCGAUCUGUGCCCCUCGAGCUCCAUAUCCAGUCGUACACCAUCCCGCACUUCCCGUCUCUGAUGCUGGCCAUGGCGAAGCCGACAUACCUGGCCGUGACCCAGCUGUCCCCGGACAAGCCCGCUCUGGUCUUCGUGCCAAGCAGGAAACAAACGAGGGCCACGGCCCGGGACCUGCUGACCGCCUGUGUGGCGGAUGAUGAUGAAGACCGCUUCCUCCAUGUGGAGGUCGAGCAGAUCCAGAAGCUCUUGGACCGAGUACAGGAAGAAGCGCUGGCCGAGGCCCUUUCGCACGGUAUCGGGUACUAUCACGAGGCUCUCACCCAGAGCGACAAGCGUAUCGUCAAACAUCUUUACGACCAGGGUGCUAUUCAAGUCCUGGUCGCCUCUCGCGACACGUGCUGGGAGCUUGACUGCAAGGCACACCUUGUUAUAGUCAUGGGCACCCAGUACUUCGAGGGACGAGAACAUCGCUACGUCGACUUUCCCCUGAGCGAAAUCUUGCAAAUGUUCGGUAAGGCGCUCCAGCCGUCCGAGGAGGGCAGAGGCCGAGGUGUCCUGAUGCUCCCUGCCGUGAAGCGGGAGUAUUACAAGAAGUUCUUGAACGAGGCUCUGCCCGUCGAGUCGCAUCUCCACAACUUCCUCCACGAUGCCUUCGUGACCGAGAUCAGCACAAAGAUGAUCGAGUCCGGCGACGACGCGAUCAACUGGACGACGUUUACUUACUUCUACCGCCGCCUGCUUGCCAAUCCCAGCUACUACAGCCUGACAGACCCGACUCACGACGGCUUGAGCAGAUACCUGUCGGAUCUUGUGGAGGCGACCCUGAAGGACCUCACCGAGUCCAAGAUCAUCGACUUCGAUGACGAAGACGGCUCCGUUGCUCCCCAGAACGCUGCCAUGAUUGCGGCCUACUACAACAUCUCGUACAUCACGAUGCAGACCUUCCUGCUGUCCCUGAGUGCCCGCACCAAGCUGAAGGGCAUCCUGGAGAUUGUCACGUCGGCGACCGAAUUCGAGUCUAUCCAGAUCAGGCGGCACGAAGAAAGCAUCCUGCGACGUAUCUACGACCGUGUGCCAGUCAAGAUGGCCCAGCCGGUCUACGACUCGCCACAUUUCAAGGCAUUUGUUCUCCUCCAGGCGCACUUCUCGAGGAUGCAGCUGCCCAUCGACCUUGCAAAGGACCAGGAGGUGAUUGUCUCGAGGAUACUGAGUCUCCUUAGCUCAUGCGUCGACAUCCUCUCCUCGGACGGACACCUGAACGCGAUGAACGCCAUGGAGAUGUCCCAAAUGGUUGUCCAGGCCAUGUGGGACCGGGACAGCCCAUUGAAGCAGAUUCCCCACUUCACGCCCGAGGUGGUCAAGGUAGCCAACGAGUUCCGCAUCAAGGAUAUCUUCGACUUUAUGGACAAGAUGAACCCAGAAGAGAAUCCGAAGUACGGCGAGCUGGUCAAUCGCCUUGGUCUGUCACAGAAGCAACUUGCCGAGGCGGCCAACUUCACCAACUCAAAGUACCCCGAUGUUUCGCUGGAGUUCCAGGUCGAGGACGAGGAGAACCUCCGAGCAGGAGAGCCUUCCUACCUGAACAUCACGAUCGAGCGGGAGGUCGACGAGGACGAGGAGUUCGACCCCACGGUCCACGCUCCAUUCUAUCCCGUCAAGAAGUUGGAGAACUGGUGGCUGGUGGUUGGGGACGAGAGCACCAAGACCUUGCUCGCAAUCAAGCGGGUUACCAUCGGUCGCAGUCUCAAAUCCAAACUGGAGUUUACCGUCCCGACACCAGGACAGCAUGAUCUAAAGCUGUUCCUGAUGAGCGACAGCUACGUCGGAGUGGACCAAGAACCGAGUUUCUCUGUCACUGUUGGAGAAGGCAUGGAAGUCGACGACGAGGACGAAGAAGAGGAUGACGAGUAAAGAGUGUGAGAUGUGGCCGGCCUUCUUUUCCGCUAAACCCUUGGGGGCUGGGGAAGUGGGGCGGCUGUGUAUUGUACCUAU